AAUACUAGAAGAAAAAGGAAGAAAAAAAAAAAGAAGGAAAACUGCAAUCUGAUUCGCACUAUAUAAACAAACAAACAAACAAACUCUAAGCUUAAGGUCUCUCGAAACAAACAUAUAUCGAUCAUAAGGAGGUAGAGGACGCUGAGAACGGAGAAUUCUAAAUCGUAGCUCGUCACCGUAAGCUUACUUCUCCCUGCUUUUCGCGGCGGUUAUUAGGGUUUAAACUCGUUGGCGUUUUGAAAGUUCUUCGAUUAGAUCAGAUUUGUGGUUAACAUUGUUUACUGUUUGAUUUUGAAUCCUUGGGUUUUGGUGAUGGCGAACUUGGGAGGGAAGAUUGAUCCUAAGUCCUAUGGAGAUAGAAUUGCUAAGGGAAGGCCUCUGGAGCGUGAUGAUACAGUUUCUGAUCGGCAGAGCAAGAGGCAUUGUAUUAGAGAUGAUGAUGUGGUUUAUCAGCCGAAGACUAAGGAGACAAGGGAUGCUUAUGAGGCUAUGCUUGGCCUUAUUCAGCAGCAUCUGGGUGGGUUGACUUUGAAUAUUGUUAGUGGUGCCGCAGAUGAGAUCUUGGCUCUUCUCAAUAACGAUGCAGUCAAUAACCCUGAAAAGAAGUUGGAGAUUCAGAAGCUUCUGAAACCUAUACCUGAGGAGAUGAAUCAGGUUUUUGAUCAGCUUGUUUCCUUUGGGAAAUUGAUCACCGACUUUGGUGUGGCUGUUGAGUUUGAGGAGGACGAAGAAGAUAGUGAUUCUGAUAUAGCCCAUGAUGAAGAACUUCAGGAAACUGGAGAUAUGCAGGUGGUUGCAGGGGAGGGCACGAGUCUGAACGUUCAGGAUAUUGAUACAUACUGGCUCCACAGAGAAACAUCGAUAGAGAGGGAGGAGAACCUGCUGAAAAGUCUUUAUGAAGCAGCCCGGCGUUUGAAGGACAGAACUGUUGCUGAUGGAGAUUUAGAAAGUGGUUGGUUCAAGGGUCAGCGUCAGAUGCUGGACCUGGAGAGCUUGGCUUUUGUCCAAGGUGGUCUCCUGAUGGCGAAUACGACGUGUGUCCUUCCACCUGGCUUCUACAGAAGUCGUGGCGAGGGAUAUGAUGAACUUAACGUCCCAUGGGUUUCUAAAAAGGUGGAUAUCAAUGAGAAGCUUGUGAAGAUCACGGAGAUGCCAGCUUGGGCUCAACCGGCUUUUAAGGGAAUGCAACAGUUGAACAGUGUUCAGAGCAAAGUGUAUGAGACCGCGCUAUUUAAGGAUGAUAACAUUCUUCUUUGUGCUCCAACCGGUGCUGGGAAAACCAAUGUUGCCAUGCUCACCAUUCUCCAGCAAAUCGGAUUCAAUAAGAAGGAUGAUGGAACAUAUAACCAUGGAAAUUACAAAAUUGUCUAUGUUACACCCAUGAAAGCCCUUGUUACUGAGGUGGUUAGUAACCUGUCUUAUCGUCUGAAGGAUUAUGGAGUUACUGUGAAGGAACUCAGUGGGGAUCAGUCUCUUAGUGGGAAAGAAAUUGAGGAGGCCCAGAUAAUUGUUACCACACCAGAAAAGUGGGAUAUCAUCACCAGGAAGUCUAGUGAUACCCAGCUUGUGAGACUUGUUAUUAUCGAUGAAAUCCAUCUUCUUCAUGAUAAUAGAGGGCCUGUGCUUGAAAGCAUUGUCGCUAGGACUCUUAGACAGAUUGAAACCACGAAGGAGAAUAUUCGCUUGGUGGGUUUGUCAGCUACACUGCCAAAUUAUGAAGAUGUGGCCUUAUUUUUGCGGGUUGAUCUUAAGAAAGGGUUGUUUAAGUUCGACCGCAGCUACAGACCAGUGCCUCUUGGUCAGCAGUAUAUUGGAAUCAGUGUGAAAGAACCAUUGCAGAAGUUCCAGAUGAUGAAUGAUCUUUGUUAUCAGAAAGUGGUUGCUGGUGCUGGAAAGCACCAGGUUCUUAUUUUUGUUCAUUCGAGGAAUGAAACUGCAAAAACUGCAAAAGCAAUAUUGGAGACAGCAAUGGCGAACGAUACCCUCAGCAGAUUCCUGAAAGAAGAUAGUGCAAGUCGUGAAGUUCUUCAGAGUCAGAUUGAACUUAUUAAGAAUGGUGAUCUGAAAAAGCUUCUGCCUUACGGUUUUGCUAUUCAUCAUGCUGGGCUAGCAAGGGGUGAUCGUGAGAUAGUUGAGGCGCUUUUUGGUGAAGGGCAUGUGCAAGUCUUGGUUUCCACAGAAACUCUCGCAUGGAGUGUGAAGUUGCAUGCUCAUACUGUCAUAAUCAAAGGAACCGAGGUCUAUAAUCCUGAGAAAGGGGCGUGGAUGGAACUCACUCCCCUGGAUGUUAUGCAGAUGCUUGGUCAUGCUGGAAGACCUCAGUAUGAUCAAUAUGGGGAAGGUAUAAUUAUCACUAGCUACAGCAAGGUGCAGUUUUAUCUUUCUUUGAUGAAUGAGCAACUACCUAUUGAAAGCCAGUUUAUUUCAAAACUUGCUGAUCAGCUUAAUGCUGAAAUUGCGCUUGGAACGGUUCAGAAUGCUAGAGAGGCUUGCCAUUGGCUUGGCUAUACGUAUCUAUAUUACCGUAUGGUUCGUAAUCCAACGCUUUAUGGUUUAGCGCCUGAUGUCCUUGCAAAAGACGUAGUGUUGGAGGGAAGAAGAGCUGACCUGAUACACUCAGCUGCUACUAUCUUGGACAAAAACAACUUGGUUAAGUAUGACAGGAAAAGUGGAUGUUUCCAAGUUACUGAUCUGGGACGGAUUGCUAGCUACAACUGUGUAAGUCAUGGGACCAUAGCAACGUACAAUGAGCAUUUGAAGCCAACGAUGGGUGAUAUAGAUCUUUAUCAUCUGCUAUCACUGAGUGAGGAGUUCAAGUAUGUGACUGUUGGGCCAGAUGAGAAGAUGGAACUGACGAAACUUUUGGAUCGUGUCACGGUUCCGAUCAAGGAAACUCUGGAGGAGCCCAGUGCAAAGAUUAAUGUUUUGUUACAGACAUACAUUUCACAGCUUAAGCUUGAGAGUCUUUCUUUGACAUCAGACAUGGUUUUUAUAGGUCAGAACGCUGGACGUCUUGUACGAGCUCUCUAUGAAAUUGUAUUGAAGCGCGGAUGGGUUCAACUGUCUGAGAAAGCUCUGAAAAUGGUUGGGAGGAUUACUAGAAAAUAAAAAAAAAUUUAGGCUAUUUGCUAUUGACUCUAGAUCAGCAGAUUACCGGUACCUUGUUUCUAGUUCUGUCAACUAGCAUCUCAAGCGACUUGAUUUAAGCGUAUUGGUGUUGUUGGCGCAAUAACCUCGUGGAACUUUCCCUUAGCCAUGAUUACUCGGUUGGCCCUGCUCUUGCUUCUGGAUGCACAGUCGUUAUUAAACCAUCUCAACUUAUGCCCCUAACAGCACUUGCUGCGGCUGAAUUUGCACUUCAAGCUGGCGCUCCGGUAAGGGAGAUGACCUGAUCAUUUGUAGAUUUCGAACACGUAGUCUUUCCUUUAUAACAUGUAAUCUGGCUUUAUCAACCCAUCUCCAAAUGCUUGUAUUGUCAUGAAUGUCGCUACUACUAAUCUGAUGUAUGACUAUUGUGGCUGGAAGGCUAGCUUUUAACGAUGUUUCUUAUGUCAUCAAGAACUCUCUGAGCAGACCAAUUCUUUGCAGCUGUUUUGAGUUUUUUUCUAUGAUUCGUUUACAUGUGAGGAAAAUAAAGUUCACAGGAUAACAGCAGUUGGGAAGAAGUUGAUGGCAGCUGCUGCAUCUACUGCAAGAAGGUUUCUCUAGAACUUGGCGGCAAUCCCUCCAUAAUAUUUGAUGAUGCAGACCUGGAUGUUGCAGUAAAAGCAACGUUAAGUGAUAGUCAUGAGUGUUAGGGCAUUGCUUUAUCUAGAAGAUGCAAAAAACGUUGAUCCAUGACUAUAAAGAUCGUCAGUACUCUAAAACUUUAUAGUACUCAUUUGAUCUUGUGAUAUUUUGCAGGAAUAGUGGCCAGACAUGUGUUUGUGCGAACAGAGUACUUGUGGUACAGCGCACACCCCUAUGGAUCUUGCAUCUAGUAUCAAUUAGUAUUUUUUUUUCCACAGGUAUAUAUGAUAAAUUUGCUGAGGCUUUUUCUGAAGCAGUACAAAAAUUAGAAGUAGGAGAUGGCUUUAAGGAGGGGACACCCAGGUCCACUUAUAAACGGUGCAUUAAUUCAAAAGGUAGAGUCAUUCGUACAAGAUGCUGUUUCCAACGUAUGUUUUUUCUUAUGCAUCUUUGCAAACCUUGAUUUCUAAUUGAGGUGGUUCAUAUUUUAUGUUUGUAUGUCAUUAAGCUAGAAACAGUUCUCGUAUUAUAUACUAACAAGAGUAAUCUCUUCUGUAUUUGUUGUUUUAUUCUUCUUGAAGAGAGCAAAAAUCAUUCUCGGCGGCAAAAGGCACAGUCUAGGGAUGACUUUUUAUGAGGCUCUACUGUUAUCCCUGAUCAUGUCUAUCUAAGUUCUGAAAGAUUCACAUAAUUUCAGUGUUUUAGCUUUUUGUGUCUCUAAGCAUCUAGUGUUCUUCGCAUUUGUUUCUUAGGGAGGAGAUUUUCGGACCAGUAGCUCCCCUUAUUCGGUUCAUAACCGAGAAGGAAGCUAUCAGAAUCGCUAAUGACACUAUUGCAGGACUUGCUGCUUAUAUAUUCACAAACAGUGUCCAAUGAUCGUGGCGUGUCUCUGAAGCACUUGAGUGCGGGCUUGUAGGGGUGAACGAAAGGACUCAUAUCAACAGAAGCAAGACCAGAAAUGGAAGAAUCACAUUUUUUGAAAAUUAUAGUCAUUCAUUUGGUCACAUCUUUUUGAUGUGCAGGUGGCUCCAUUGUGGGGGAGUGAAGCAGUCUGGUCUUGGAAAGGAAUGAUCCAAGUAUGGUCUGGACGAAUACCUUGAGGUUACUCAGAAUACUCAUCACAUGAACUCGUUAUGAAGUGUAUCCAUGAGAAUAUGUAUUGUAUGUUACAAAAAAAAGUUCUUUAUAAGUACGGAGUUGUUUGUAAAUUACUGUCGUUAUUGACGCUUGGGUUCGCUGCAGAUCAAAUACAAUAUGAACAGACAGUGAUUUGGUUUGGAAA